GCUGAGAGGUGAUAUCUAGAUAGAUGGAUAUUUGUGUGUCAGAGAGAUGGAGGUAAAGGAGAAGGCUAAGGCAGAAAUGGUAGUGAAGAGAACCAGGAUGAACAGCAGCACGACGACUGCGCCAGUGGAGAGGAAGGAGACGGAGAAGGAGAGGAGGCAGCACAUGAAGGAGCUUUAUGCAAAGCUUGCCUCCUUAAUCCCAAAAGAACACUGCUCCUCCACUGAUACAUUGACAUUGUUGGGCAGCUUGGAUGAAGCAGUAACAUACAUCAAAAGGCUCAAGGAUAGGGUUGACGAGCUACACAAAAGGAGGAGCUCUGCACAAUAUGUGGCUAGAUUAAGAGGGGGAGCUUGUAGUGCCGUCUCGACGAUGAUGAGUGGUGGCAUAGGGUCAGAGUUAGAAGUUGAGAAAGAAGAAAAAGGGUUGCUUGCACCGGUAGUGGAGGUUCGGUAUCACAACGAUUCGAGCAUGGACGUGAUGCUGAUAUGCAGCGUAAAGAGACCGAUAAAGCUCCAUGAGGUGAUCGCCAUACACCAGGAAGAAGGCGCGGAGAUUGUCAAUGCAAACCAUUCCGUGGCUAGGCAUAAAAUAUUCUACAGCAUACACUCCAGGGCUUUCAGCUCAAGAAUUGGCAUUGAUGUUUCAAGGGUCUCAGAAAGACUGGGAGCAUUGGUAUAUAAUGGAUAAGUCAUAUCAAUCAAUAUACCAUGGAGAGAAUAUCAGAAACAUCACUCAGGCGAUACAUGAUGGUUAGUUAGUUACCCAAUACAAUGGAUUAAACAACAUAUGUAAUCAUUCUCCAUGUUUACUUCACAACAUCACCGGUUUACACAGAAAAUUAAGUUGGUCUUUGUUCGAUCCAUCAGCAUGUAUAAUUUUAUUCGCAAGUUUAUCUGUCACAACCUUCUCAGUGUUCAAUUUCUUGAAAAGGAGACUUCUAU